AUGAAUAUUCCAUCAGUGUUUGAGAUUGGCUGGAGUGAUUUAUUGGUAAUAAUUUUCAUUGUUGUCAUUUUAUACCGAUUUUUUAUAAAAAAAACUGAAAUUCGCUUACCUGAAGUGAAACAAUUAGCGCCGAUGCGAAAAAGAGACUUUACGCUUCGGCAACUUCGUGAAUUUAACGGAAACGAUAAUGAACGGAUAUUGCUUGCUAUUUGCGGCAGAGUUUUUGAUGUGACCCGAGGUAAGGAUUUUUAUGGUCCUGGAGGUCCUUAUGGCAUAUUAGCUGGUCGUGAUGCGACACGUGCUCUAGCGACAAUGCAGUUAGAACAUGUCAGUGAUGAUUAUGAAGAUUGGAACCAGUUACCUCAAGCAGAAAAAAGUGAAGCAAUGGAGUGGUGCCAGCGUUUAUCACUUAAAUAUCCACAAGUUGGUCGUUUAAUUGCUGAUAGUGAUACUCCGUUGGAUUAUAAUGACGAAUUGGCAUCGCUGGAUCCUUUCUAG